AUGCUGCUGAUAUCUAUAAUUGGACUAAAAUCCCAUGGUUUCGUCCUCAGCCGAAAAUCUAUUUUCGCUUGGUACCAAAAUAGAAUGUACACCAGCUCGCCUGGGGUUUGGAAAAUAAAACUUAGAAGUGACAAGCUAAACUUCAUUAGAAAUAACGGAAACUUAUAUUCAAAUCCAGCCAAAUAUCCUGUACAACGUAAUAUGAGUACCUCAAGUAAUAAAGGUCCAAACGAAGAAGUUCACAGUCACUCACAUGCGGAAGAAACUCUGUCUUCUGCUGAUUCGCAUUCCCACUCACAUUCUGGUGGUAACUUGUUUAGCCAUUCACAUUCGCAUUCACACCAGUCCAAUGAACUCCUCAUGGCGGCCUCCAAGGAUGGAUUUUUCAAGAAUCCUGCUGUUAGAAUCACUUGGAUUGGGUUAUUGGUCAACAUUGGAAUGGCUGUGUCUAAGGGAAUUGGAGGUGUGUAUUUUCACUCUCAAUCACUUAUUGCAGAUGCUAUUCACUCAGUCUCAGACAUGGUUGCUGACUUUUUGACGCUUGCAACGGUGAACGUGUCAGAGAAAAUUGGCUCCCCAACUCAUUUCCCGUUAGGAUAUGGAAAACUCGAAACAGUUGGCUCGCUUAUGGUCAGUGGGGUGUUGCUUUUCGCCGGUAUUUCUGUUGGUUGGUCUUCCAUGUUGAGUAUCUUUGAGUACACAUUACCAACAUAUCUCUACGAGUACGCAUCUAUGAUUCAAAUAGGACAUUCACACUCACAUACUGCAUUGCCAACUAUUGAUGAUGCUAGCCAUGGACAUAGCCAUAGCCAUAGCCAUAGCCAUAUGGACGUUGCUAACUCCAAUAUUGCUGAAGGUAUGGACACUCCAAUUUCGUUGGCUGCUCAAUCGCCUUCGAUCGCUGGUGCCUGGUUAGCUGGUGCAUCUAUUCUUGUUAAAGAAUUGCUCUUUAGGAAGACAAUGGCGGUUGCAAACGAAACCAAUUCUAAAGUUUUAGUUGCCAACGCAUGGCACCAUCGUGUGGAUUCCCUUACGUCUAUGGUUGCUCUCGUUACUAUAUCUGGAGCAUAUCUCUUUAACGUGGCAUGGAUUGAUUCAAUUGGUGGGUUAUUUGUGUCUAUUUUAAUUAUCAAGACCGGGUGGGGCUCCUUCUUGUCUUCAUGGUAUGAGCUUGUAGAUAGAGGAGAAGAUCCAUCUAGUGAGAUUUAUACCAAGAUUAUGGGCAUCACAAAGAAAGAAGUUGCAGAAGUGGCCGGUAGCGGUUUUGACAUCGCUAAGUUAUCAGUAUUGACACUGGGUGCCAAUUCAAAUAUUUAUGUUACGCUUGUUGAAAACCAAGGUAAAGACUAUCUGCUUAAAGAAUUGAAUGCUAUUGAAUUGAAACUUGUUGAGGCCAUGAAAAGAGAAGACAAGUUUAUCAAGAACAUUUUCAUAUUGUUUAAGUACAAUAAAGAGGCUUAA